AUGGCGCCGAAAGCAAAGAAGGAAACUCUGGCCCCUCUCAAAGCUGAAGCCAAAGCAAGGGCUUCGAAAGCUCAGAAGGCAGUGCUGAAAGGUGUCCACAGCCACAGAAAGAAGACCCUGCGGCUCCGGAGGCAGCCAAAACAUCCUCGAAAGAGUGCACCCAGAAGAAACAAGCUUGACUCCUAUGCUAUCAACAAAUUUCCACUGACCACCGAGUCGGCCAUGCAGAAAAUAGAGGACAAUAACAUGCUUGUGUUCAUUGUGGAUGAAAGGCCAACAAGCACCAGAUCAAAACAGGCCAUUAAGAAGCUCUAUGACAUUGAUGUGGCCUGA